AUGCCAAUCACACAAAAUGAUACUGAAGUAAUUUUGACUCAUCCCGAUAAUGAUGCCACCAAUGUCAAGAUUUUGAAAUACGGUGCUACCGUGUUUUCGUGGCAGAUUAAUGGUCAAGAGCAACUGUGGUUAUCACAAGGUGCCAAGUUGGAUGGCUCAAAACCUGUUCGUGGUGGUAUUCCUUUGGUAUUUCCUGUCUUUGGAAAGAACACCGAUGAUGAGUAUUUGAGCAAAUUGCCUCAACAUGGGCUGGCUAGAAAUUCCACUUGGGAAUUUUUGGGUCAAGUGUCCGCCAACCCACCCACGGUACAGUUCGGAUUAGGCCCCGAGAUAGCCAAUGAAGAUCUGGUUAAAUUGUGGCCAAUGGACUUUUCUUUAGUGCUUACGGUGGAACUUGGCCCGGAGCACUUGAAAACAAGCAUUGAAGUGGAAAACACUUCCUCUACGCAACCUUUGAAAUUCAAUUGGUUGUUCCACACUUAUUUGAAGGUUAACGACAUUGAGGAUACUUUAGUGUCUAACUUAACCGGUAGCAAACUUUAUGAUCAAUUGCUCAAGGAGUCCUAUCUCGACAAGCAACCUGCUGUAACUUUCCAUGAAGAGUUGGACAGAAUAUACCAAAAUGUUGAAGGUGACAGGCUGAUUCAGGUGGUAGACAAGGGCACGCCUAUUCACACUGUUAAAAGGCACAACCUUCCCGACGCCGUUGUUUGGAAUCCCUGGAUCGAAAAGUCUAAAGGUAUGGGAGAUUUCGAACCUAAAUCCGGCUACAAGGAGAUGGUUUGUGUUGAACCAGGUCACGUCCACAACUUCAUCACAUUGAAUGCAGGUGAAAAAUGGGAUGCGUACCAGCUACUUUACAAAGACGAAUUAAAAUACCAAGUGGUUUAG